GUUUCGUCAUUCGUUCAUCUAUAAAGCCGCUGCUUCCUUCUUCGCCUCUCUCCAUAUCCACUCGCCGUACUGUUUUUCUUUUCCGGCUACUUCUGCGACUCUCCUUUUGAGUGUUGUUUUGAACUCCGUAAUGGAGAACGAGAGCAAGAGAAAGCGGUCUGCGGAAGAGGCAGAAUGUGGGGAAGACGAGGCCAAGCGCCUCAGGUCCGACAUUCUCGGCCUUCUGGAGGAGGACGUGGUUUCCGACGACACCUCCGAGUCGGAGUCGACCUCCGAGGAGCUUCUCAACUCCGUUAUGAGGUCCCUCCAGGAUGAGAUCGACGGGGACGAUGCGGCGUCCAGGGCGCCGGCCGCCUCUGCCCAGCCCGACCUCGGGUACCUUCUGGAGGCCACCGACGACGAGCUGGGCCUGCCGCCGGCGGGUUGCGACGACGUCCCCCGGAUCGAGAAUGACGGAGCUCUUGGGGAGGUGCCUGGGUUCGUGGGGUUUUGGGAUUUCGAGGAGGGCAUUCCGGGAUUUGCGGUCGAGGAGUUUUGGUUUCCCGGUGGGGAGGCAAGAUAUGGAGGGGAGGAGGCCGUCGUGUUGGAUCAGGAUGGUCUUUUCGAUUACUCGGAUGCGUCCGUGCCUGCAGAUUUCUCGUCCAUGGGGUUGUGGAGACAUGAAACAAUGCCUGCUCUGUAGCUUCCUGUGAUCGACAAAAGUCUGUAAAAGAAAGAGUGAUCCGCUAGCUACUUCAUAUCUUUGUAUAAUCAAUCACACACUGUAUAAAGUUUUUAAACGAACAAUAGAAAGAAUGACAAAGGAACCAA